AUGGUUCCGGCCGCGCUCAGCCUCGUCGUCGCCCUGGCUCCCCGCUCCGGGGGCCGCAGGAGGACGGUGGGGGCGGCGCCCCCCGCCCCGGCCCCGGCCCCGGCCCCGGCUCCGGCCCAGCCCGGCCCGCGCUCGCUCGGCCGCCCCAGCCGCUCGGAGUGCGGCGGCCCGAGCUGGGCUGGCCGCGCGCCUCGGGAUCCAGGGGCCGCGCGCGGGAGGAGCCGGGUCGGGGGUGGGCGGACGCCGGCGCGCGCCGCCCCGAGGACCCGCCCCCAGUCCUGCCCCACGAGCCCCAAGGACCCACGUCCCGCCCCGCGUCCCCGGGACCCGCUGCCAACCCCCACUCCACGCCCCCCAGGACCCGCCCCCAAAGCUCCAAGCGCCCGCGUCCCGCCCGCGCCUGAAGACCCGGGCCACAGUCCCCGCCCCGCGCCCCGAGGGUCCGCCCGCCCACCCAUCCCCGCCCCAUUCCCCGAGGACGCGCCCCACGAGUCCAGAGGAUCCUGGCUCCGCCCCGCGUCCCAGGCCCCGCCCCCGCCCCGAGGCCACCGCCUCCCCGGGAGGUGCGCGUCUCUGUCAGCGCAAUACUGA